ACGAUGUCCCCGGCGAGUUCGAGGCUUGGAUAACGCAUCUCCUGGAGCGGAAGACGGUCGAUGUCGCAGGGUACUACUGGAAACCAGUGGCGUUUCCACGUGUGGACAUGCCCAAGGAUCCCGUCGGGUUUGUCCGCUGGUUUGACUCCCUUGUGUCGAAGGCCGACAAGACCUUCCAUCGCGGCGCCGUUCGCGAUGAACAAACCAACAACACAUUCAUAGAUGUGCUAUCGGCCGGCCCAUCGGGGUCGACGACAGCAAUGAUGGGACAUUCGUACCUUCAAUGCAACCUCCCAUGGUAUGCACCUCCACCAGUACUCUAUGCCCCCAUUCCCAAAGUCAUCGUCGCGGUGCCCAGCUGGCUUGGUGGAGGGUCACUGUUCAUGCUUGUGCCUCACACAUGUAUUGUAGUCGACGAAGGGAAGCGCGGUCCGAAUAUCGAGGCAUAUCUACAAGACCAAGAAGAACCAAAGGUACAUUUGACAGAGCGCUGAGCUUGAUAAUGUCGCUGCUGGCUUCCUCGAGAGUGGUGGUUCCUCAUCAGUGAGCGGAAGAUAAACAUUGCACUAUCUGAUAGAGAUGGCGAGGUGAUAGACGAUGCU